AGUAGUGUCUCCUCUGAACCUAAACGAAAAAGGAAGAGAUCAUCAGAGUGCAGUGAAACUUUAACAACAAAUGGAAUUUCUUCUCUCAGGCUCGGAUCUUUGAAAUCAGAACCAGGUACUUGGAAGCAGUUAGCAGUUAAUUUCCUUGUUUAGAAGUGUAACUGAUAUUUUUGUUUUCAGAUGAAUGAUACAGAUACAAUGUUCUUUUGAGUGACUACCUUGGGAAUCCAUAACUGUGGUUGCAAUAAGAAAAGGUCAUUUACAAGAAUGGCCUCUCAUAAGCAUCCAUGUGGUGCAAGUAGUGAAGAAAGUGUUAACUGAGCAGUCUUUUACGAGAACUUUAAAACAAAGGGAAAGACUGGCCAUGGCUGCUUAUGAGAGUUUUUACAUUACAUGGGUGAAUUCACAAACAGGGUCUUAAAGAGCUGGUCACUUACCCGAGUUGUGGCAAGGAAAGCAUUGAGCAUAUUAUGACUUUCAUAUUUUAACACCCCUUCUCAUUUUUUUUUUUUUCCGUGGACAAGACAGCUCCAAGAGUGGAUUGCUAGCAGUACUCACCCAUGUGUUUAGUAACACAUAUAUACUAGAUCUACCCCUGUGGACCACACUGUUCAAUUUAACUUUUUUGCUUAUGCUUUAUCUGUAGGUGAUUUCGGUAUUGAUGGUAGUGGUUCUGAGAACCUGGAUUCCCCGGAUCCACUCACCACACCAGCCACACCUGACCCAGAGAACUCUUACCAGUGCCUUAAGUGGUUACCAUUUAAACCUGAUGAGUGCUGUAUCAUGUAUGAUGAUGCCUCCCAGAGAAUGUAAGUCUUCUUCCUGCUUUUGUUGUCUUAGCUUUAUCUCAGAUUUUCUAUCCUGGAUACCAGAAGGUUUUUUCUCACGUGUUGGCAGAUAUGCUGGUGUCUUUGGAUGGAAGCUGAAGGCCAAGCAGCAAAGCUUUUCGCCAGACCACUAUAGACUUGAGUGAAACCAGAAAUUGUCCAUGAAAAGUCUCUGGUACCCAUGGUACAGUUGUUCCAGCAACACUACAAAUUAAUCACUCAUGCCUCCAAAGGUGUCCCUUUGUGAUUCACAGUUUACUCAGCAUUAGUUUUGCUCUGGUAACUUAAUGUUGAAAAUGAAAUUGCAGUUGUUAGUCACGUGCCACUGGGAAGUGACAUUUUUGGAAAGAAGGGAGGCAAAUUCAGCAUGUGUAUAGUAUUUGUGUGAUAUUUUUCCAUAAUAAUAUUUGUACUUGUCCUCUUUAGACCUCCUCCUCUCUUCAGAGUGGAUGCUGAUAAAGGUUUUAACUACUCAUUUGCUGACGAGGCCUUUGUUUGUCAAAAGAAGAAUCACCUUCAGGUAUUUGACCAUAACAAAAGUUAUUAAUGGAUUAUAUAUAUUUUGAUUUGUAUUAUUAUUUAUGAUUGAGCACUAUUUAAAUGUACAGAUUAGAUGACCUGUUUGAUUGACCAAAUUCUAGAAUAUUAUGAAAGGUAAUAAAACAUAAGUUCACUGGUUUGGAGAUUUGGGGCUUGCGACAUUUUUAUUAGACAUAAGUGUUGCAGUAAGGAACAUCACAGACCCAGAUUCCCUUGUGUCCUUACAGUCAUCCCAGGGCUGUAACUAUAGUGAAAAAAACUCUUUGGCAUUCCUGGAAUUUGGCUAUCUAAAACACUUAACCCGUAGACCAUCAAGUGAAACCUACCAUGUGUGGAAAAUUAAAAUUUCAUGUCCUGUUUCCAACUAACCUAAAGUCUCUUAGUGUGGCUUCAUUAUAUGUAACCAAGCUUAACUUUGUGUGCGCUGUUUGCCAUGAAAAAAGGCUUUCCUGUUUAAGGGAAGGUCAAACUGCUCUUAUUUGGCUGAAGGGUGUUUAGCUUUAUAAUAUUAUGUAUUCUAAUUAGGUAUAAUAAUUGUCUUACAGGUAACAGCAUACAUGAGCCUUCAAUCAGAACAAGCUCCCAAAUAUGUCAGAGGGGAGGUUAGUUGGCAUCAGCUGAAAUUUCAUGUCAGUAAUUUAUCCCUUCUUUAAUUUGCACAUUGGGCAUUUUUCAUUUACCAGAAACUUUGGGAAACUUCACUGGAAAGGCCCCUUUGGUGAAGAACAUGUUCUGUUUGACACAAGUAGAGCUUGUUUGUUCCUCUCUCUCUUGCCAAAAUUUAAGAUGGUGGCAAAAAUAUUGCCAUGAAAUCAGCCUGGAACUGAUGAAUCCUUAUGAAAACUUGUUAAUGAAACAUGUAUUUUCUUUUUCCAUUCCUGGGAAUUUUCCUGUGGGAUGUCCAAAAACGUAUGUUUUUCAUUUACACCCCAAACUUAAAUUGUGGAAUUUCUUGUUAAAAGGGAAGUGCUCAUUAUCACUUAAACCAGUAGAGUUCAUUCAAAGCUGUUAAUAUAAAAUUGAGCCAUUUGUGUUCCACCUCCAUCAGUGGUUAUAAUCAUAAAACACUUUUUUAAGUUAAACCUUGCCAUUAUCAUAUGAAAGGGCUCUACCAAGAGCCUUCAAGCAAUCUGCCAUUUACUGGGUGGGUGUAGUAGUUAUAAUGUACUGUAGAAGUUUGAAUUUUUUACUCUUAUAAUAUCUCAUUAUAAAGUUGUCCUUUUUCAGCAAAAUGAGCUGAGACGUAUCGAGAAGUUCUGUUUACAUCUUUAUGGAAUUAAGGUGUGUGAGAUUGCAUGGCUUUUUGAGAACAUUAUGACCUGACCACAUGAUAUGGUCUUAUUGUGAAAAUCUUUGAAAAGAUUUUUCCCAGUCGCCAAAAAAAUAUUGAACUUUUUCAAUCCUUAAUUUAACCCUUUGUGGGCCUUUUUUGAUCUCUCUAAUAACACACCCUCUCUUUUAAGCUCUCGCUGUCCAUUUAACCACUAGUUAAGUUGUUAGGCCUAAUAUACAUACACUGUAAGUACUAUAAAUAUUUAUUCCACUUAUUUAGAUGGAGUCCCAGGCUAGUAGAAUUGGCGUGGAACAGUCUCAGGCUGACAGAAGCAAACGUCACUAUGAACCUUUACAGUAUGUUAUUCUUUAAUUUUUUUACAGGUUUUUUUUUAUGGUAAAAUUUGUUCUUAGUAAAUUUGCAAGACUGAUAUUUUUGGUUACAGUCCGACCUCAGUUGAGCUGCCAUCCAUUUAGCUAUCAGGUGACCAGGUUCCAGGAGAAAAAAUGCCAGUAAUUACAAAAUUGCUGUAAACAGAAUCUCUCCCCACAGCCAACCUUAACUAUUAAAGCAACCACAUAGUUGUUCUCUGGCAGUGACCUCUUAUAGGGAUGCAACUGUACUUGCUAAAGACUUACUUCUACUGAUAUUUAAAUGAUUUUCAGAUUUCACAUAUCACCAAAUGAACAAGCAAAGAUCACAGUUGGAAGACUACAUUUUAGGUACUGUUGACAAGUGCAUUUUCUUUGUCUGUAAUUAGGCAUGUGUUAAUGAAGAUUUGCACACCCCGAGCUUUUUUAACCCUUUCACUCCCAGAAGUCAAAUCUACAAAAUUUUUAUAUUUUCAUGGGUGAAAUGCUUAAAAAUCAAAAGAAAUAACCUUAAUGAAACUACUGACAAGGAAGUUUCAUUUCUAAAAAUGGGCACAUCUCAGAAUUUUGUAACAGACUCAAACGUUAGAACUGCAUUGUCGAACCUUAUCAUUCUCUCUGCCAGAGACAAGGUUAUAUAAUAUUUGCGUUUGAAUUUCAGUUUCUGUUUUUCGUGGCCUUACAUCCUAUCAGUCCCUUUUUUCAGUUAAGUACACCUUGGUAUUUUCCCUUCAAUUACAUACAGUCAGUGCUGCGUAUUGGCCGACUUUGGAACUAGAGAACUUUCCUGCAUAAUUACCCUUGAUUAUAGGAAUUUGUGAAUUUGCAUGCAAACAUUCAUGCCCGGAGCAUCCACUGGUUUUCAAAGACAGCACACAUUCAUAGCAUGUAUAGCCGUAAUUUCCUCUUGAAAGAUGAAAGGAGUGAGGCCUUUGAGGAUAUUUAACUUCAAAUGAAGCAGCAAUUAUCAACCAGUUCUUUCAAUUGCACUGGAUGGAUCAAUUACGGUUUCUGGUAAACUGCCCACCCACCCCUCCCCAGGGCAAAAAUUUGGCUUAGAGGAGGGGGUAGAGGGGCCCUUCUGGAGGGAAUACAGUAUACUUAUUUAAGGGAAGUAGAAGUUUCAAGAUGUUUAUGCAGACUCUCAGGGUCUCUUACAUAUCCACAAAUUCUUUUAUAGUGAAACAACAGCAAACAACAUGAGAAAGAAAGGAAAACCAAAUCCUGACCAAAGGUAACUGCAGCAAUGCUCCUUGAUUAUUUCUAACAGUAUGUGAACUUUUGGCCGAGAAAGACCAAAUGGUCAUUGGUAACAGAAGGCUCAGAAGAAAUGUUUAGGAUUUUGCCAUCAAGAGUCAAAACAAUAGUCCUCCAGAUGGCAGAUAUGACUUACAGAUUGGAUGUUCUAUGUACUGAACUAUAUAAAAAAAAGGCACUGCAUUUGAGUGUCAAUGUAUUUGGAACGAAAGUGCUAACUGGGGACACUAUUUUUACGUCUCCUACUGGAGUCGGGACCGCCUUUUUACCUGGUCAUCCGAGCCACGCGAAGGUCAAGCGGCUAGCGCGCAGUGCAAAGGAGUACCUUUAUUUCUCAGUUAUUUUAAGACCUUGAGUAAUGGUCCAGCCCCAGGAAUCGAACCCGGAACCACCCACUCUGCAGUCAAGCGCCCUACCGACUGAGUUAAUCCUGCCGCGGAGACUAUAGGAGACUUGAGAGUUGACGAUUGGCUAUAUACAGUGUAGAUACUUCUAGGUUCAUUCACGUUGAUAUUCUUGAUGUUUGACAAAACAUUUGCUUUAUUACUUGAGAGUUGACGAUUGGCUAUAUACAGUGUAGAUACUUAUAGGUUCAUUCACGUUGAUAUUCUUGAUGUUUGACAAAACAUUUGCUUUAUUUUCCAUUUUAUUCCUUUUCAAGUCUUAGUUACAUUUGAAAAUUUGAUUCAUGAGCUAUAUAUAAUUAAUUAAUUGAUUGACUGAGUGAUUACAUUCACAGAUACUUCUUGCUAGUUGUGGCGGUCUAUGCGCAUUCAAAGAACAAAGAAUAUUUAGUCUGUGCCAAUGUUUCAGAGAGGAUUAUUGUUAGGGUGAGGAAUUUGUUGUUGUUCAUCAUGCCUUGAGACAGGUUGAUCGGAGCUGCAAAUAACAAUUCAAUCAUCAAACUAUGUGCAAGUAAAAUUUGCCCAUGUGUGACAAAAAAUCAUACCCUUCCCCCGGGUGCACUCACCGUAGUUUUAUACGGGGAGGUUCCGCCCCUAGAUCCAAGCCCUUGCCCCCUUUUACAUACCAUAUUUGUUAGAAAAGGUACCCCUUUCUCAUACCUCUUAUUCGCAAUUGGUACUCUAACCCUUUCACAUACAUGUACCUUCUUCAGAACACUGCAUCUCUUGACUGCUGUAAAUGCACCUUUUCUAAUCCCGGCCAUUCUCCGUUGCAUCUCGUGUUAUCCCAUAGUUUUUUUUACGAACCGGAAAGAAAAUUCCGCAUAGUGUACUUUGAUUCUGAUACUUGAAUAAAUAAUUUUUAGGCUUCCAAUCCAGGCCAGUUUGAAAAUGAUAUGGAGGUUAUUUGGUCCCGAGGUCAAACUACAGACUCCGUUUUUCGAAUGGUAGGGAAAGUGUUAAACUUAGAAUGUGCAUAUUAUUUAACUUAGUUUUAAGAUAGCGUAUUUGUUUGUUGAAGUUAUUAUCACCAAAAAGGCCCCAAUACAGAGUGCUUAAUCAGCAUGUGUGUUCAGCCUUAAGUCCAAAAACUCGAAAGGGAAAACCUUUUGACUUGAAACCUUUUCACAAUGGCAGACGAAAGUCGAAAAGGUAACAUAAGCUUACACUCUCUACCAGUGAGCUUUGCUGCCCUUGUUAAACACGAGGACAAUAUUAUUUGCAGAAAGAAAUGAACCAUAACCAGGGAAAGCGUUUUUACGUGGUGAUUAAUUUAUCGAUCUGGGCCAUCUGAGGCCACCGUCAGUUUCUCUUUGCGGUUCUAUGACACUUACGAGACACGUUAUACUCUGUAAUAAAUGAUAAAAGCUACGGACUGGAUUGUUUUUCAUUGAAAAGUGGCAAAAUUGCCCAACUUUAUCGCAACGUCUUCAUCAUUCAUCAUAAUAAAAGCAAAGUUUUAAAUGAAACUAGACCGUUGCAGCAGAAUUUCUAUUUAACAUUUAUACAAGUAAACUGUGUUGACGUACUGUUAGUAGAAAACACUUCAACGAUUCUGGAAACAUAACAACAAGCACUUCUGGCCUCCGUAGCGGGCUGGACUUAUCGCGCGCGUUUGCUUUAUUCAACGGGUACUUUCUGUGGCCUUUGUUUGGGCUGUAAAGCUGCGAAAAGAAUAGGAAUGAGUUAGUGCCGAAACUCUCCUUUCUCUACUGGCGGCUCUGCCCCAAAAAAGCAUGCGCACACUCUGAACCCUGCAGCUGAGCAGGAUAAAGCACUUCUAAACAUUCUGACCCCAUAUAAAUGUGAUAUUUUUAGGGUCGCGUUGGCAUCAAUACUGACAAACCAGAAGAAGCUCUGUCAGUUCAUGGCAACCUAAAGGUGACGGGGCGGCUUGUUCAUCCCUCUGACAGCAGAGUCAAGGAAUCCAUUGAAGAGGUAUGUGGGACAUGUACCAACCGUCUGGUAGGAAAUAGGCGCGUGUAGGAUAACUGUUUCAUUAGAAAUAUGAAUAACAAAAGGAAAAUAAAAACAUUGAUUAAUAUGCCUGUUUCAUUUUUGAAGAACCACAGUUGUACCAGGCAGAAGUUAAAUGGCAUCUUUUUCUUAAGGAUUGAACUGUAAUUCGUAUACCAUGGUCCCUAAACCAGUCAAAACUCUCUCUUUACAUUGCACAGAUCAAUCUAAUCUUUAUUACAAGUGAAAGCUCUCUUAGCGAACACUCUCGUAAGCGGACAGCGCUACUUACAGCUACCUUCACAAAACCCCGUUUCUAUUUUUCCCGUGCCACAAACGGAGUACCUUAAGGUCCUUAGUAUCAAACACUAGAGGGAAUGUUUCAUCCGAUUUGCAGACACCGGUUGUAUAAUCUCAAAUAGUUAAUUGUUAAGAGUGUGGUUUCGACGAAGUUUAAAACUUUAUUGUAAUGCCCGACAUCCAUAGCCUGCGUGCAGACGAUAACUAAACUCUGAUUAGUACCGUCUGCGAAGCAGCGCAGAGAUCCUUAUUCUGGACCCCCAACCGACUCAACGAAUUACCGGAAGUGCGUUUCGAAUUUCCCUUCAACCUGAUUGGCUAUUAUCAGUCUUGCGACAAACAAAACGAAGGUCUUUUUUAACUGGCCAAUCGUGGUGCGUACUCAAAUCUGGGUACACAGCUGGAAGUCCAGAACAAGGAUUUCGGCGCUGUUUGGCAGACGGAGUUAAUUAGAGUUUAAUUUCGUCUGCACGCAGGCUAGACAUCCAAAACCUCCGUCACGUUUUGUCUUCAUAAGCUCGAGAAAGACAUGUUAAAGCUGUUCCUUUUGAUUGUCGUUGGUUUUGAUUCAGGUGGACACAAGUGAACAACUUAAAAAUGUGUCAAAAAUGAAGCUCUACAGAUAUCGCUACAGCCGGGAAUACUUGGAGCACGCCGGCUUAGGAACA